AUGGUUUUUGUCCAAGAGACCAAGAUUCAAAACCCAUAUGAUGGGUUGUAUGAGAAAAUUUGGCUAAAGGAAAGUGUCCAAGGUAGAGCAGUAAAGUCAAAAGGGAGAGCAGGUGGUCUGUUAUGCAUAUGGCAGGAGGGGUUUUUUAAGGUUAAAGAGGUUAUCUCCCAUAAACAUUAUCUGCUUUUGAUUGGUAUCGCAAGAGGAAUUAGGACCAAAAUGGGCUUUGGAAAUGUGUACGCCUCAAAUGAUGAAGAAGAGCGAAAUGUGGUUUGGCAUGAAUUAAGUCAAAUCAUUGCAGAUGGAGAUAUAAGUUGGGUCUUGGGGGGUGAUUUCAAAAGCGUAAGGAAUGAAGAAAAGAGGAUUGGCAGGGGAGAAGUAAACAGGACAGCAACGAGCUUUGAUCAUUUUAUUAAUGAAGUUGGCCUUAUUGAUCUUUCAUUGGCAGGCAGUAAAUUCACAUGGUGUAAUAACAAGGAAGAACCCGCUUUCAACAAACUUGAUAGGUUUCUGAUUGAUGCAGAUUUGCUGGAGAUGGAUGAGACAAUGAUACAAAGAUGCUUACCAAUCUCAAUAUCGGAUCAUAAUCCGAUUAUCAUUGGCCCAGGCAAGGUGUGUUGGGGACCAAAACCAUUCAAAUUCUUUAACCGUUGGAUGGAGGAAGAGAGUUUUAAUGUGGUAAUGAAGGACUACUGGAUAAAUAAGAGAAGAGAAAAUGAGGAAAGAAAGGGCUUUGGAGGAAGUUGA